CCCGAAACCCUAGCUGUGACAUGCCUGUCGUCUAUAAGUACCACGCAUACCAUUCACAUACCCUCGAGUCCUCUCUUAACUCUGCUCCCUGUUGCGGCUAGGUUUCAGCCCUAGAUCUCUCUUACGAGCAUCUUCUAGCAUUCUAAUAUGGGUAAGGAGAAGUUUCACAUCAACAUUGUGGUCAUUGGCCACGUCGACUCUGGAAAGUCGACAACCACGGGGCACUUGAUCUAUAAGCUUGGAGGUAUUGACAAGCGUGUUAUUGAGAGAUUUGAGAAGGAGGCUGCUGAGAUGAACAAGAGGUCAUUCAAGUAUGCCUGGGUGUUGGACAAGCUCAAGGCUGAACGCGAACGUGGUAUUACCAUUGACAUUGCCUUGUGGAAGUUUGAGACUACCAAGUACUACUGCACUGUCAUUGAUGCUCCUGGACACCGUGACUUUAUCAAGAACAUGAUCACCGGUACCUCACAGGCUGACUGUGCUGUCCUCAUUAUUGACUCCACCACUGGUGGUUUUGAAGCUGGUAUUUCCAAGGACGGUCAGACCCGUGAGCAUGCAUUACUUGCUUUUACCCUUGGUGUGAGGCAGAUGAUUUGCUGCUGCAACAAGAUGGAUGCUACAACCCCCAAGUACUCCAAGGCAAGGUAUGAGGAAAUCGUUAAGGAAGUCUCAUCCUAUCUGAAGAAGGUUGGGUACAACCCUGACAAGAUCCCCUUUGUCCCCAUCUCUGGUUUUGAGGGUGACAACAUGAUUGAGAGGUCUACAAACCUCGACUGGUACAAGGGCCCCACCCUCCUUGAGGCUCUUGACUUGCUCUCGGAGCCCAAGAGGCCAUCAGACAAGCCCCUCCGUCUCCCACUCCAGGAUGUCUACAAGAUUGGCGGUAUUGGAACUGUCCCUGUUGGACGUGUUGAGACAGGUAUCAUCAAGCCUGGUAUGGUUGUGACCUUUGGGCCUACUGGACUGACAACUGAAGUCAAGUCCGUUGAGAUGCACCAUGAAGCUCUCCUGGAGGCCCUUCCUGGUGACAACGUUGGGUUCAACGUAAAGAAUGUUGCUGUGAAGGAUCUCAAGCGUGGUUUUGUUGCUUCCAACUCCAAGGAUGAUCCUGCCAAGGAGGCUGCCAACUUCACCUCCCAGGUCAUUAUCAUGAACCAUCCUGGUCAGAUUGGUAAUGGUUAUGCUCCAGUGCUCGACUGCCACACCUGCCACAUUGCCGUGAAGUUUGCCGAGCUGGUGACCAAGAUUGACAGGCGAUCUGGUAAGGAGAUAGAGAAGGAGCCUAAGUUUUUGAAGAAUGGUGAUGCAGGGAUCGUGAAGAUGAUUCCCACCAAGCCCAUGGUGGUGGAGACUUUCUCUGAGUAUCCUCCACUUGGUCGGUUUGCCGUGAGGGACAUGCGCCAGACUGUGGCUGUUGGAGUUAUCAAGGGUGUAGAGAAGAAGGAUCCAAGUGGUGCCAAGGUCACCAAGUCUGCAGCUAAGAAGAAGUGAACCGUGCAGGUUAUUCAUAUUCAGAUUCCUGCAGAUCAUGCCUACUAUCACAUUGAUAAUAGUUAUGAUAAAAACUUGGUAAUUGUCAGUGCGGUUUUGGCAUGUUGGCUUUAUUUCAUAUGUCAUAGUUUUAUACCUUCGUUGUUGGGUACCCGGUCUCAGAAUUGGGUACUUGAUAGGCGGUGGCAUCACACUAUGGCAUAGUCCCUUAAGUUAUUUGUGUUUAUUUUGCAGUAUUUUUGUGUAGAGGUGCUUCAGGUUUUCUGAGGCGGCUCAAAAGUUGUCAUUGUGUUAUUUCGGCCAGAGUUGCAAACUAAUUUCUAUUUAUGCUUUUUAUCCCCCGAGCCCCUUGGUUUUCCAACAAUUUUUAAUUAUGUUAAUGCAAAUUUGAUCUAUGACUACCAUAAUUUAUGAGUAGAA